CCUAGGUCUUUCCGCGAGGCCAUGAAGCGUCCUGACUCGGAUCUGUGGUACAAGGUCGCCAUGGAGGAGAUCGAGGCCCACAUCGCCAAUGGGACUUGGGAGCUGGUCCAGCUGCCUCCCGGACGCAAGGCCAUCGGUUCCCGCUGGGUUUUCAAGAUCAAGCGCAAGGCCGACGGUUCUGUGGAGCGCUACAAGGCACGCCUCGUUCAGCCAGCGCCC